GAAAGAGGCCCUCAGAACAGCCUCCUGUGGGCCCCAGGGUCUAUCGUGGGGCCCACGACUGUCCACAAACACGCCUAGACUGGACUGGAGUGACCCUGGUGCUGGCAGCACUCAGGAGAACAUGCUUCGCCUCAGGGACAGAAGAGGAAAGGCAGUUUAUAAAAAUGUUUCCCCAGUUGGGAAAUCAAACUCGGUCCUCUGUCCUCAGUCUUCCCCAGACCACCCACAUGGGGACACUGUUCAGCUUGAAGCUAGAGCUGAUAUUUUCAGAAACGGCCACUAAUUUGGACUCAGCCCCAAAGCUCCAGGUCCACCCCGACUUGGCCCCACCCACGCUGCAUUAAACACUUAGGUCCACAGGGCCUGGGAGCAACAGUAGUCCUCCCCUGCAGGCACUGGCAAACAGAAAGUCAACAACAUUGUAUCUAAAACUAAACAGUUUUGCUGAGAAUAAUGGGGCUCUGGACUGUGGCUUCUGUGAAGCUUAAUGACAGAAUUGGCAGCACAGGAGGUUUUCUUGUGGUGGCCCAUGCUCCGCAGGCCUUGGGCACACAGCCCACAGCUCACUGUUCGAUCUUGUGAAACUCGGAUGAUGGGUUACUUCCCCUCUUCUUAAUAAGAUUAACAAGAAGUAUGCAGUGCCUUUCGAAUGACAUUUAUCCAAGGUUAUGAUAACAAACAACUGUCCCUCCAGUGAUGCAUUUGUUCCGCACCUCCCAGCCCAAGGCCCUGCUCUUGCUUUUCUUUCAAAUCUCAUUUAGUCUCAGUCAUCUCGGCCAGAAAGUUCCUGCUUCAGAGCAGAAGGUCUUCAGCAAGAACUACAAAGAAGAAAAGAUUCUGGAGAAUCAAUCAAGUUUCCUGCCAAGUUCCAGUAACGUUUCUGUCUUAACUGCACACAGGAAAGAUGAAACACAUUCUCAAUCUGUAUGAAAACAUCAACAGUACAGCAAGAAAUAACUCAGACUGUCCUGCUGUGAUUCUGCCAGAAGAGAUAUUUUUCACAGUAUCCAUUGUCGGAGUUUUGGAGAACCUGAUGGUCCUUCUGGCUGUGGCCAAGAAUAAGAGUCUUCAGUCACCCAUGUACUUUUUCAUCUGCAGCUUGGCUAUUUCUGAUAUGCUGGGCAGCCUGUACAAGAUUCUGGAAAAUGUUCUGAUCAUGUUCAGAAACAUGGGUUACCUCGAGCCUCGAGGCAGUUUUGAAAGCACAGCAGAUGAUGUGGUGGACUCCCUGUUCAUCCUCUCCCUCCUCGGCUCCAUCUGCAGCCUGUCUGUGAUCGCCGCUGACCGUUACAUCACGAUCUUCCACGCUCUGCAGUACCACCGCAUUGUGACCCGGCAUCGCGCCCUCAUCGUCCUGACGGUCCUCUGGGCAGGCUGCACGGGCAGUGGCAUCACCAUCGUGACCUUCUCCCAUCACGUCCCCACGGUGAUUGCCUUCACAGCACUGUUCCCGCUGAUGCUGGCCUUCAUCCUGUGCCUCUACGUGCACAUGUUCCUGCUGGCCCGCUCCCACGCCAGGAGGACCUCCUCCCCUCCCAGAGCCAACAUGAGAGGGGCCGUCACACUGACUGUCCUGCUCGGAGUCUUCAUUUUCUGUUGGGCACCCUUUGUCCUUCAUGUCCUCUUGAUGACAUUCUGCCCGGCUGACCCCUACUGUGCCUGCUAUAUGUCCCUCUUCCAGGUGAAUGGUGUGUUGAUCAUGUGUAACUCCAUCAUCGACCCCUUCAUAUACGCCUUUCGGAGCCCAGAGCUCAGGGUCGCAUUCAAAAAGAUGGUUAUCUGCAACUGGUACCAGUAGAAUGAUUGGUCCCUGAUUUUAGGAGCCACGGGGAUAUACUGUCAGGGACAGAGCAGCAUGACAGACCAACAGCACUAGGACUCCAGCUCUCCUUCCCUAGCGCACAUGAGGAUAAUUCCACCAACUCUUGUCGUAAUAGCUCAAUUCCACGUGAACAGCCUUGCUAUAGGUACAACUUCUAUAGCUUAAAGAGGCAAAAUAAUUACCGAACAGGCCAGAAUACAAAGCACAUACAGCAAUACACAUGUGAGAACUCCGAGCUAAGGAAAAGUUUGUUCUUCUAUAGAUAACUAGCUAGCCUAUCAUGGGGUGGCCUCUCCUAAGUGCUAGGACAAGCACUCGGGGUAUGGACUACAGGGUUUUUGUAAGCCAAAGGUGCCAAUAAGUUGCCACACAGGGCCCCUGCCUGCCAUCCGCUCUCCUUUCUGCCCACCUGCUUUGCUGUGCACCAUCUCCAGUCUUUCUACAAGCAGGCAGGAUGCAUCUUAUAGUCAAAUAACCACCUUUGAGUUUCCAAUAAUAAAGGAAGCUUCUCCGUUAGUCUUCUUGGCUAACUCAGCAUCCUACUGGCCUUAAAGUAUUUUCCUGGUUAAAACUCCUUAUGUUUUAGGAGCAUAAAUUUCAAAGGAGGAAAUAAACAUUUAAUCCAUUUGGUUCCUAUGUAGGAAUAAAUAAAGGCCAGAAGAAAACUGCGGCAAAAUGAAGAAAGUAUACCCAACCCUUGUGAACCUGUCUGGUGCGUGUGUGCUUGGUCACUCAGUGGCUUCCA